AUGGCUCCAACUACUCGUACGGAUUUUGGCCAAAGUACAGAUGCCAGCGACGUUGCAGCAGCAUUCCCUGCCUCUGUCAAAGGCCGUACUUUCCUCAUCACAGGAGUGAACAAGUUAGGCGUUGGGUAUGCUACCGCCGUAGCACUGGCCACUCAGUCCCCACGCCGUCUCAUUCUUGCCGGACGCUCCCAUGACAAGCUUCAAGAGUGCGCAGAUGCCCUUGGUAAUACAUACCUGGCAGUUGAUUUUCGUCCGCUCGUACUGGACCUCGGUUCUCAGAAGUCCGUUCGAGCGGCGGCGGCCGAGCUUCUGUCCUGGGAGGACACUCCGGCAAUAGAUGUGGUGAUAAACAAUGCUGGGGUCAUGAAUAUUCCUAAUCGAACCCUCAGCGAAGAUGGUAUUGAACUACAUCUGGCCACCAACCACAUUGGUCAUUUCCUCUUUACGAACUUGAUCAUGUCGAAGAUCAUUGCAUCUGCAGCAAACUCAAGCCCAGGCGCAGCGCGUGUCAUAAAUGUCAGCAGUAUGGCCACCGUGGCCUCACCAUUACGCGCCAGCGACUUGAACUGGGAAAAGCCAACUUUAGAACUACCAGAGGGUGAAAAGCCGAAUCUCGAUUUGAUGAAAGCAGCAGCUGUCGUUGUUGACGAGACUAUGUCAUACAUCCCAAUGGGCGCAUACGGGCAGAGUAAAACUGCCAAUAUCCUUUACUCGGUUGCUUUGAACGAGAGACUUCAUAGGAAGUACGGUGUGACUAGCAUUGCUUUACAUCCCGGAGAGAUAAAAACAGAGCUUCAUAGGACUACCGAUCAAGAGUGGCUCAAAAAGACUGAGGAGUGGAGAGAAAAAAUGAAUGUUAGUUGGAAGACCUUGGAACAAGGGGCCAGUACAGCGUUGGUGGCUGCUUUGGACCCUGAAUUGGGGAAGGUCAACGGCGACGGACAAGGGCAGUUCCUUAGCGAUUGCCAACCCUCUGAAAUUGCACCACCUUAUGCCCUUGAAAAAGGCAAGGCGGACGAAUUAUGGGCGAUAAGCGAGGACCUGGUGAAAGAUAGUUUCUCCUGGUAG